UUCCAACCAUUUUUCCUUUCACCUGUGUUACAAACCUGUGAGAGAUUAAGUCCUUUUGUUCCCAUGGCGCUCUCUGUUAUUGAAAAAUAAAAUCUCCGCUGCAGUCCAAAUAUUAAUGUGUGAUCCCUUGGGAAUGGUGCCCUUUUGAGACAUCACAAACCCUGAUCGAGGGAAUUUCUGUUCCCAAAGAUAUCCAUCCACUCUCCCAACUUUUUCACACCAUGCCUUCGAGAAAUCAAGUGGCCAACGGCCUUCCAACAUCCAGAACACCUUCUCCGCCAGAUUCUGUCAGCAGCACCUCUUCCUCCUCUUCAAGCACAUACUUCUCUGCAAGUUCGGGUCACUCACCUCCAGCCUCACCAUCGGUGCCAAAGUCAACGCAUACACUGUAUAGCUUACAAGCGUCUCGCCCACGGUGGACAUCACGUUCUCAGACUGUUCUGGGAGCAAUUGACGAAAAUGGCGGCAUAGUUUACCCUGACACACCGUCCUCUGUCGCUAAGGAGACCAGCCCUAUCGCUCGUUUGCACGCAUACACUUCGGCACCCAACAGGAAGAAGGCUACAAUUGCUUCCACCUCAAGUCCACCACCAAACGAGUUCGAUGUGGUUCUCGGCCCUAACGGCGAAAAGUUCGCUGACUUACGAAUGAAUCGAAAGCUCGACGUCGAAAAAAGCCGAGGAAUGCUCAAGCGUUUGAUGUGCUUUCGAUGACCCCUUCUAUAACCCUUCGUUCAUGGCGUUUCAAUUUUGGCUCCAAAUGUUGAGGGUCAGCAUAUCAGCGGUAUCGCCCUUGAAUUCAAUCAUUCCUGGUUCAGAACUCCACGAGGGGUGUAUGGAGGUGAUGAAAUGAUAACAUGAGGAUCCAUGAUGAUGAAAAAUGGAAAAAGGUACAAAAGCAAGUUUCUGAGUAUGGGAAUCAACAGCACCUUGACCUCAGUAUGAGAUAAACCAGUCAUAGGGAGUGACAAAUGGUUGAAGGAGUAAGACGGAUCUGGUAGUGCUAGUGUUUUGUACACAUCGAUUCUGCUCAAGUUUUAGACUAAUAAUGCAGCAAUGCCCUGAGAAUCGAAUGCGUUUGAUGUAUACAUGGACAGCAAGUGUGAAAGUCUUUCUUCCAGCAUGUGUAUGUGUUCUC